AGACCUGGGCUCAGUCACUGGUUUACACUUUGGAGGAGCUCGAGUGUAAAAUCUGUUACAACCGUUACGACACUCGCAGCAGGAAACCGAAGCUCCUGGGAUGUUUGCAUCGAGUCUGCGCCAAGUGUUUGAAGAAGAUGGUCGACAUGGGAGAGUCGUCACCCUCUGUCAUCAGCUGUCCAUUCUGUCGCCAUGAGACGCACGUCCCCGAGGAAGAGGUGUGGUUAAUGGAGGAUGACCGACACAUUCUGGCCGUUUUGUCGUGUCAGGACCGAGCUCGGCGUGGGGGAGGAGGAGGGGGAGAGGUGGUGUUGAGUCCGUCUAGUCUCACUGGGGGCAGCGUGGAGGCGUCGCACCGCUCCUCAGACUGUCUGGUCAUCACCAUCAUGGAACUUCCUGAGUCAUCGCCAUCGUCGGACUCACUGAGCACGCUCAACGUGGUGGGCGUGUACCGCCCCCCCAGCCUCGACUCGCUGCCCUGUCACCUGCCCCCCCACAAGUGUCACAGCUGGACGUCCCGCAGUUUCCCUCGCUGCCUGCUGGGGGCACUUUGUCUGGUGUUCUUCAGCUCGCUGCCUCUGGGGAUUUAUCUGCUGAUGAUUGGUCAGCUGUGGUUGGGCGUCGUCCUCGUCAGUUUGGUUCCGUCGACGCUGCUGCUCCUGGUCGUCUACGGCUUCUGUCAGUGUCUCUGCCACGAGGUGAUGGAGGCACUCGCCACACGCACACACACGCUGCCAUGACUACACCAACCAUGAAUUCAACACACGCCGCCAUGACGAUGACAACACAACAUGCCGCAAUGACGAUGCAAGAACAAUUACAUUGCACACUAACAGUGUUGCCAUAGCAACAACCACACGACACUGUCACACGAUCACCUGUUGACCCACCUCUGACACCGCCCCAUCUAAAAACCAGCAUUACUACAGCCAAUCACAGAAAGGAGGCGGAGUCUGAAGAUCAGGACUGAAUUAUGAAUCAUCCUCCGGAGUGACCUGAUCAAUGUCUGAGAUCAGGACUGAAACAUCCAAGGCUGUUAGCUUAGCUUAGCACAAAGUCUGGAAGCAUGGGCAAACAUUAGCCUAGCUUAACAGGAAGACUGAAAGCAUGGGAAACUGUUAGCCUAGCUUAGCACAAAUACAUAAGCAUUGGAAACUGUUAGCCUAGCUUAGCAAAAAGACUGGAAGAAAAGUCAACAGGUUACCUAGCUUAGCAGGAAGAUUAAAAGCAGGGGAAACUGUUAACCUUGAGCUACUUGUGCUAAGCUAGGCUAACAUUCCUGGAUUGGACUCUGGAGAGUUGGAUUUCGUUUACGGUUUAUGUCUCUAUAAAGUGCCAUCAUUUGAUUUAAUGUUUGAAUUAUGAAUCUUGUGAUGAUGAUUUUGGUAAUGAUGAUGAUGAUGAUGAUAGUCAGCUGAUCAUAAGGGCACACUGAUGGUCAGCUGACCUGUUUUAUCACUUCCUGUCUGUGAAUCAGAUUAGUUUCCUUAAAAAAGUCAAAACAACUACAGACAUGACCGUUCACAGUUUAACUUUGAAUAAAGUUAAAAUCCCUAACAUGACAUUUUAGCUUAGCUUUAGCUUUCACGGUGUUUAAUCUUCGAAGCUAACGCCUGUAAAACUAACAGUUAGCAUUAUGUAUCAUUAUAGCUUAGCUACAAGUGGAGAGUUAGGGGCAUAUUGGUGUUUAGCUUAGCUUUAGCAUUAGCUAAUCAAUAUUAGUUUAGUAUUGAUUGUAUGAUUAUGAAAAUUAUCAUUAUUUUUAUUAUCAUCAUUAUUACAGCUCGUUGAUGUUAGCACUGUUAGCAUCAUAGAGGCAGACUAUUAAGAGUCUGAAGGUUUAAUUAUCUUUAUUUCAUUAAACAUGAGAACAUGAACUCUCUGACCUCUGACCCGGGUCAGUCUAUAUUUAACCUGACGUGACGCUGUCGACCUGCACAGCUGAGACGGAGGUGUUUACCUGUGAGGCAGAACUGAGGGUAAAAUAAAGAGUCUUGUGGGAGAGGUUCAGGUGUCAGCUGUUAAUUAAAAACACUGAUGAUCCCUGGAGUCGAAGAGGAAGAAGACGAGUGUUGAUAGAAACCUGAACGAUUGUCGUUCACACAAACAGACU